AUGCAGGGUGCAGACUAUUUCUUUAACGCAAUUUCGCCAACUGUCAGUCUUACGUGUGUCUUAGGAAUAUGUCCCGUUUUCAUUGGCUAUAAAGAGAAGCGUCCUGUGCUUUACACUCAUAAGUACUUAUAUUACAUCAGCGUCGCGUUCGUACUUUUCUACAGUUUCUUGCUUUUGCAAACAAUAAGUGAAACGAGGAGCAAAAUGAUGUCCAACAACUUCUACCAGUCCAAUAAGGUCUCUAAUGUCGGAAUCGCCUUCGAGUUCUUCGCGAGCGUCACUUACUUCUAUUCAACGUACUUCUCCUGCGUGUUAAAAGCGGACUCGCUCAAAAACACAAUCAUGAAGAUACAUAAAGUGGACGUAGUCCUAGAACGGAUGGGUCAAGACUUGAGGUACAAGCAAAUGAUUUUUUACCAACUUGCAACGCAGCUACCACCCCUACUAACGAUAAUUGUAAACGCGUAUAUGCAAAACCAGAAUAUUAAACGGGAGGGUUUCCGACCCAUAUCCCUUUCAACGUGGUUUAUAUUCGUAUUCCCCGUGUACGUGGUGAAUAUUUUCGAAUAUCAAUUCUCGUACAUUGUCUUGCUGGUACACAGCCGAUUUGCGAUGCUUAACAGUCAGCUACGUAAACUCAAAGAACACGAAGGUAAAGUAUUUCAGUGGAAACUUGAAGACGCGCAACUUCCUGAAACCCUCCGAAAAGUGGAUACGUUGAUGCGCAUGUAUGAUCACUUGUGCGAUGUUGCAUGCGAGCUUUCGGUGAAUUACACCCUACCAGUCGUGGUUAUAUUGGCAUUCCAGUAUGGAAUUAUUCUUUUCUCUAUCUUCUAUUGCUACUGGAUGUUUACCUUAAAACCAUACUCGGCACUGUGCUGGUUAAUUUGGGCGUUGAUUAACAUAACUGAAGUACUUCAUACCUCAAUUGCAUGCCACUUGGCAUCCGUUGAAGCAAGUGUUACAGCUUCAGUUGUCCACAAGUUGCUGUUAAAGUCAUAUCAUAAGGAGGUGAUGUACAAGCUAAUGAGUUUCUCAAGGCUCUUGAUGCAUCGUCGAGUGAAAUUUACAAUUUGGGGCAUGUUUCCAUACGACGCUUCGCUAAUCUUUAUAAUUGUCGGUGCAGCCGCAACUUACAUGACCAUUAUGCUGCAGUUUCAACAAGCAUCUCUACCAAUGACUUGUAAAGUUAGCACUGUUAAUAACAAUAGCGCUAUUCACUAGAGUGGGCUAGCUACUUUUUGUGUGUUAGGGG